CUCGUUCUAUAAUAGGGCCGCCCCUCACGGAUAUGGUUCCUCCACGCUGCGCUGAACGCGCUUGGCUCAAAAGCCCCGGUUGCUUUUGAGGAGCGUCUUUCCCUGUUUCUUUCCUUCCUGAGGGAAUGGCGGCCUCCGCAAAGGGAUAGCUCUGCAGGGCUCCUGCCAGGACACCGGUCCGCUUUCGGUUGCAAGAAGCGACCCAAACUCUUCCUCUGCCGUGUUUCUUAUGUCAGCCGCUCUGAAAAUAAAAUAAAAAAUAGACAUUUGAGUUUAGCCCUUUUCUAGCCGCCCAGUAGGUGAACGUGCCAGCUUCACCCGGGGCAGCCCUUUAAAAAAGGUAUUUUUGAAAGGUCACCCGUGGCUAACUGGCCCUUUAAGAUAUAGGAAGAAAAAGCAGGUUCCGACCUGGAGGCUCACUGGUCUGAAGGGAAGAGAGUGUGGGCUGUGGAGGAGAACGUGUGAAAAAGCGAAAACAACGGAAAAGGUGAAAGGGGUUGUGAUGAGGAGGUGGGCAUAGUAACCCCUGAGCUCCUCCUAGGUAUCACCUCUGCUCCCCACCCCACCCACCCUGAUCCUCCUGGCACAAUAUCAUGUCUCAGGGAAGUGAGCAUGGGAAAUGGACAGUGUCUAGUAGCGAUGAUGAGAGUGCAGGGGAACAAACGAACAGCCAGAUGCCGUCCACCUCUUUGCUGCAGCAAACUGGGCAAGAGAAGGGUCCCCGUUACCCUUGCUCAGAGGCCAGGAAAGCUGCUCACAAAAGAAAAGCAUCUCCCCUGGAACAUAGCGAUGGGAGCUUUCCGCAGGAAGUGGCCCCGGCUCAGAAACAGAAGCCCUCUCAAGAAGGUUUAGGUUGGUGCCUUUCUAGUAGUGAUGAUGAUGAUGAAGACGAUCUGAAAGAGCGAAGGGGGAAAGGAGGUGCAGCAGCUGGAGUCGGGCAGGAAGAGCAUUGUGCUCCUAAGGGGAUCCUAUCAAACCAUAAACUUCCACCAAGCUACGAAACGACAGAGCCGUCUGACAGAGUACAAGAUGCUUGGGAUCUAUUAAAUGGACGAAACCCUUUCAGAUUCUUCCUCACUAAAGUCAAAGGAAUUAAGGCAAAGUACAAUUCUGGAUCCCUACACAUAAAAGAUAUUUUGUCUCCCCUCUUUGGGACUCUUGUAUCUUCUGCUCAGUCUCCACAAGUUGAGCUACAACAUCUGGGGAAUCCAAGGUGGGACGAGGCUGCUCUAAACUUUCAGGACAAACCUUUAUUAAUAAUCCAUGGGGAGAAGCGAGAAUCCAAGGCUGCACUACAUGAAGAGGCACAUCCUUAUAAAAAUGUUCGCUUAUGCCAGGCAAAGUUGGAUAUUGCUUUUGGAACACACCACACGAAAAUGAUGUUGUUACAUUACGAAGAAGGGCUUCGCGUGGUGAUACAUACAUCCAACCUUAUUGAUGAUGAUUGGUACCAGAAAACACAAGGAAUAUGGCUAAGCCCUCUGUAUCCAAAACUGCCACUUGGAGCUGCUGAGGCUGCUGGUGAAUCUCGUACCAAUUUUAAGUGUGACCUAAUAAGCUAUUUGAGGUCUUACGGUUCUCCUACUCUCAAUGAAUGGGUUGAAAUAAUCAAGCAGCAUGAUUUUUCAGAGACAAGAGUAUAUCUUCUUGGGUCAACUCCAGGUCGAUACCAAGGCAGUGAAAAAGAGAAAUGGGGUCAUCUCAGACUUAGAAAGCUUUUGAAAGAGCAUGCAACCCAGCUACCUGAUCAGCAUUCUUGGCCUGUAAUAGGACAGUUCUCAAGCAUUGGAUCUUUGGGAGCUGAUCAUUCCAAAUGGCUGUGUUCAGAAUUUAGAGACAGUUUGAUCUCUCUGGGAAACAACACAAAGACACUGUCAAAUCAUGAUGUUCCUGUUCACCUGGUUUACCCAUCAGUGGACAACGUGAGACAGAGUUUAGAAGGUUAUCCAGCUGGUGGUUCUCUUCCGUACAGUAUACAAACAGCACAGAAACAGCUUUGGCUGCACUCUUACUUCCACAAGUGGUCAGCAGAGACGUCAGGUCGUAGCCACGCAAUGCCUCACGUUAAGACUUACAUGAGAUCAUCUCCAGACUUCCAGAAGAUUGCAUGGUUUCUAGUUACAAGUGCCAAUCUUUCUAAGGCUGCUUGGGGAGUGUUUGAGAAAAAUGGCACGCAGAUGAUGAUCCGAUCAUAUGAGCUAGGAGUCCUCUUCCUGCCAUCAGAAUUUGGCUUGGAUGCAGGCUACUUCCAAGUGAAGGAAAACAUGUUUUCUGAUGAGCCGGUGUUAGCGUUUCCUGUACCUUAUGAUCUGCCCCCAGAGAAGUAUGAAAGCAAAGAUCGCCCAUGGAUUUGGAAUAUUCCCUACACCAAAGCGCCUGAUACACAUGGAAAUAUGUGGGUCCCUAAAUGAAUAGCCCAAGUUCACCCAAGUUCACCACAGAAUGAAACUUCAGCAUCUUUAAAUAUGAGCCGAUUCAUAUACCUGUGGGACUUGCUGGUUCUAAUAACAUGGACUUCUACACAGGAUGUAAACUAACUUCUCUUUUUUGAAGAAGUACAUUUUUUAUAGAUUGAAAACGUUUUGAAUAAAAUAAUGGGCAUAUAGAUGAAUAUUGCUAGAGCUUAUGAUAAUGCAGUGCUUUUAAAAUUGAAUUUAUAAACAUCAUUGCUCUUUUUUUGAAAUGACCAUGUCAGUUGGGUCAGACUAUCUUUGUACUGAGCCUGAAUAUUUUCAGCCCUGUUCCUUCUUUAUCCUGGAAACAGUGGCCCUGAUGAAGGAGAAAUUUGUGCAGAAUUGAAAUAAAGUGAAUAAAAGUUCUUGGUUUCUUCAGUCA